UAAUUCAUCAGUAAGGUGGUCUGUUUUCAGAAAGGGCUGUGAAUUUUUGCAGAGAACUAUGGGAGAGUGUGAAUGCAGACCACUUGGGUUCUUGAUAGGCCUACCUUUUGCCCUUGUUUCCUUGGUGCUAUCUUUGGUUGGUGCAAUUAUUUGGAUCAUUGGGUCUGUGUUGAGUUGCUUGUGCCCUUGUUGCGUCUGCUUCGCAGGAUUAGCAAAUUGUGCAAUAGGACUCAUCAAACUUCCAAUCAAAGUGAUUCAAUGGUUUAUUGAUAAGAUUCCUUGUUGAUAUUAAUUGACGAC